AUGGCUUUGGAGAAUAUCAGCAGUCCAGAAGCGUGUCAAGAACAGGUUACAGAGGCAUGGGUACUUCCACCCUGCACUAAGUACCUAUGCCCACUGCUGCCUAUGUGCACUCUCAUCCCAAUGACAGCUGUGUGCUUGGUCUUAUUCGUUGUUGGUGUGGGUGGCAAUGUUCUGACUGUAGUUGUGACAAGCCGGUCCCAAGAGCUGCGAAGUACCACCAGUCUAUAUCUGGGGAGCUUGGCUGUCUCUGAUCUGCUACUGCUCAUACUUGGACUGCCACUUGAUUUGUACCGUCUGUGGCGCUCACAGCCGUGGGUGCUAGGUACAAUGCUGUGUCGUGUAUGGCACUGGUCUGGGGAAGCAUGUGCCUACUGUUCCAUCCUGCAUCUGACAGCUCUGACAGCUGAACGCUAUGUUGCCAUUUGCUUCCCAUUGCGUGCUAAAGUGCUGGUGACCCAACAGCGUGUGAAAGCAUUAGUGGUGGUACUAUGGGCUAUUGCACUGCUCUCUGCUGCACCUAUUCUAUUCCUUGUGGGAGUCCAGCAGGCCAACAGCACCUCCAGUGACAAUGACUUCACCCGUGAAUGUGGCCCUACAGACUAUGCUGAACAGUCAGGGAUGCUGAGGACUAUGUUCUGGCUCACCACCAGCUACUUUGUGCUGCCCUGUCUUUGUCUCUACAUCCUCCAUGGCUUGAUUGCCCGGGAGCUUCUACAAGUCAGCAAGACACACCUUGGUGGGGCAUCAUACCGGAACCACCAUCGCACUGUGCGCAUGUUAGUUGUGCUGAUUUUGGCUUUUGUCAUUUGUUGGCUGCCCUUCCACAUCGGCAGGAUCAUAUACAUCAACCCAAAGAAUUCCAGGAUGAUGUAUUUCUCCCAAUAUUUUAAUGCUAUUGCAUUACUGCUUUUCUACUUGAGUGCUAGUAUCAACCCAAUACUUUACAACCUUGUCUCAAAGAAAUACAGGGCAGCAGUUUGUAAGCUAAUGGUGACCAAGCGAUCUGCAGAAAGGGCUUCUACUAUUACCAGAGAGACUGCUGGCUACGUAGAAAUCAGUGGUUAG